UCCCCUCCCCGCCCGGCUCCUCUCACGGCGGCGUCCCUGAGGGGAGCUCCAUUGUCUGUGAGGGGAUGGCCGCGGCACCCCCCCACCGCCGCGCCCCCUCCGCGCCCCCUCCGCGCCGAGGUGCGCGGGGCGCCGGGCCGGCGCGGCGGGUGGCUGCCUCGUCUCCCCCAAAGUUUUUGGAUCCGCGUCUCCUCAUGAUGUAUGGAUGAUAUAUUGCAUUGUGGGUGUCAAUAUAACUGACGGCCAUAUUUGCCGGUGCUGCUACUGCUGUAAACAACCCAAAGUGUCUGGGAGACACGGAGACGCUUCACUGAAUUUCAGGACGCUUCUCCUCCUCCCGCUGGCCAUGUCUCUGGGAAUGUCUUACAAGCCCAACUUGAACGCCCACAUCCCCGGGACUCCCCUCAACCCGGCUGGGAGUGUUCACUCUCCCUCCACAAGUAUGGCAACAUCUGCGCAAUAUCGACAGCUUAUAAAUGACUACGGACCCCCAUCUCUAGGCUAUACACAAGGGAUGCAGGGUACCAGCAGCAGUCAAGUACCACAAAGCAAAUAUGCAGAACUUCUAGCUAUCAUAGAAGAAUUAGGAAAAGAGAUUAGACCCACAUACGCUGGGAGUAAAAGUGCGAUGGAGAGGCUAAAAAGAGGCAUUAUUCAUGCUAGAGGAUUAGUUCGGGAAUGCUUGGCUGAGACGGAACGAAAUGCAAGAUCCUAGCCCACUAAUUCAGUUGCAAGAUUUUCCAUCUCUUAAUGAAGAAAAAGUAACACUUAUUCCUUUUGACUCUUGAAACAUUCAGAAAAAUUCCUUUAUUUUGAAUGUUUUAACUUUCUUGGUUUGCCCUUAAAAAAUGUAUAGUUAAGAAUGAGAAAACAAAGAUUUUUCAACUUACUGAGGGUUUGCAUUUUGUAAAGACGUUAAAACUCCCUAAAAUGUUUCUAAAACAUGAAAACUGAACUGCAUGCAGAGGAAUGCUCUUUCUCUCCCAGGCUCUGUUUCAGUUCUCUUCUUAUCCAGCCACAGUCUCAUUCUGUUUUUUUUCUUUUUGACUAUAUUCACUUAACCCCAAACUGUCAAUCUUUCAAAGUUUGACAUAAGCUCUAAGGAUUUUUUUUUUUAAUAAAUGCAGAAUAGCAUGCUGUACCUAGUAGUCUGCUAAGUCACAAUUUGUCAUACAGCAUAGACCCUGCUUAGAAAUAACCUUCCCCUUCUCUUAUUUUUCCUUUUUUUGUUCAUUUUGCAUAAACAUUUGCAUGACUGUUAGUGCUUUGAAGUCCAUUUAAAGUGCAUGAGUUAUAUGGAAAAUAGGGAAACCUAUUAAAUAAUAACAAGGUCCUGGGAAGCUAAUUUCUACAUUAAGGCUGGAGAUUUCAGUUUAAAGUUUGCCAAAAAAAAAAAAAAAGAAAAUUCUGGAUAAAUUACUAAAACUGUUAUUUGCAUCUUUGUAUGUAUUUAUUACUUGAUGUAAUAAAGCUUAUUUUCAUUAACA